CGGGCCGCCCUGCUCCGUGUGCUGGUGCUGCUGGCUCUGGCCGUGCUGGGGGGUGGGGCGGGGGCUCGCAGGGGGGGCGGCUUGAGUGCCCUGCCGGCCCCUGGGCCCUGCCCCUGGUGGGGGCUGCCCCACAUGCUGCACCCGGAGCUGCCCCUGCACCUGCUGGAGCUCGCCCGGCCGCUACGGGCCCGUCUACCGGCUCCGCUUCGGGACCAAGGUGAGCGGGGCCGGGACCCCGGAGCCCCCUUCCUUCCCCCCUAUGUGCUGGUGCUGAACAGCGUGGAGUCCAUCCGCCAGGCGCUGACCCAGAAAUGGUCCGAUUUCGCCGGGCGCCCCCCCAGCUUUGUCGCGGAUCUCAUCUCCCUGGGGGGCCACGAUCUGUCCUUGGGUGACUUCACCCCCAGCUGGCGGCUGCAGCGCAAAGCAGCUCACUCGGCCCUGGCCCGCGCCCAGCGCCUGCAGCUGGACCCGGUUCUGGGGGCCCAGGCGGCUGCACUCUGCCAGGUGAGGGCUUCGCUUCGACCCCCCAGGGGCCCCCUAAGCGCAGGGAAAUACCACCCUGUUUUCCGUAGCUAUGGGGGGGCCUCUGUGGACGUGGCCCAGGACUUCUCACUGCAGACGUGUCGCACCAUCUGCGCCCUGGCCUUCGGCCCCAUGAUGCCGGACGCCGCCACCACCCGGGACAUCCAGGCCUGUAUCACGGAGCUGGUGGAGCUGUGGGGCCGGGGCGCCGUGCGGGCGCUGGAUGCGCUGCCCCUGCUCCGGACCAACCGAUCACGCCGCCCUGCUCACCUGGGCCAAGGCCUUCCUGCUGCCCCACCCCCAGGUGAGCCCCAAACCCCCUGUACCCCCAAACCUCCCCACGGCGCCCUGCUCACCUGGGCCGUGGCCUUCCUGCUGCACCACCCCCAGGUCCAGGACGGGAUCCACGCGGAGCUGCAGCGGGUGCUGGGCCCCGAGCGCCCCCCCAGCUAUGGGGACCGGGAGCGGCUGCCCCUGCUCAGCGCCACCAUCUCCGAGACGCUGCGUCUGCGCCCCGUGGCGCCCCUCGCCCUGCCCCACAGCACCACGCGGGACACCAGCCUCUUGGGCUUCGCCAUCCCCAAGGGAACCACCGUGAUCCCCAACCUCUUCGCCGCCCACCACGACGCGGGCACCUGGCACCGCCCCCUGGAGUUCAGGCCAGGGGUCCCCUGA